AUCACUUUGGGUUGUUAUUUACAUUUGUUAGUAGAGAAUCAUCAAUAUGCGGGUCAUCGUUUUGUUAACGCUCAUCAUCGCAGCUGUUUCAGCUGUUCCUCUGAGCGAGAGGAUUGUUGGUGGAUCAGUGACGAACAUCGAGACAUAUCCCACAAUAGCCGCUCUGUUAUUCACGUGGAACUGGAGUAACUACGCACAGAGUUGCGGUGGUAUCAUCCUCAACAACAGAUCCGUCCUUACAGCUGCUCACUGUCCUCACCAAGACCCCCCGAACAGAUGGCGAUUCCGUGUCGGAUCAACUUGGGCCAACAAUGGUGGCAUUGUUCACCACAUCAAUCAAAUCAUCAUUCACCCGCAAUUCGUCCGAGCUACCUUCGAAUCUGACAUCGCCGUUUUGCGCUCCGCCACAAACAUUGUUUUCAACAAUGCUGUAGCUCCUGCCUCUAUCGCCGGAUCGAACUACAACCUGCGAGAUAAUCAGGUUGUUUGGGCCGCAGGAUGGGGUUCCACAGCCUUCGGUGGUUCAAACUCGCCGCAGCUUCGUCACGUCCAGAUUUGGACAAUUAACCAAGCAGUUUGCAGACAACGUUACUCGAGCCGUGAUACCACCAUCUCUGACAACAUGUUGUGUGCCGGCUGGCUCGACGUCGGCGGUCGCGACCAAUGCGGUGGAGACUCCGGUGGCCCUCUCUACCACAACGGAAUUGUUGUUGGUAUAACCUCUUUCGGACAUCAAUGCGCCCUGGCUAACUACCCCGGCAUUAACGUUCGCGUCACCAGAUUUACUUCUUGGAUCCAAGCCAAUGCCUAGAAUAUUUUUAACUAAUUUCAGAAAGCAACCGUCCCUCAGCAGUAUAGACUUAAUAAAUGUACAUAUUUUUUAAGA